AUGUCACACAGUUCUAAUAAUACCCGCUUAGUUGAACUACGUGUAUUGAAUGGCUCCCUAUCAAUUGAUCAACUUCUCAACAUAUUAGACAAGAGUCAACUGGAAUUACCGUGUAAUAUUUGGUAUCCUAUUAAAGAACGGAACGAUAAGAAUGAAUUUACUAUAUUUUGGCUUGAAUUCUCACAACAUCAAUCGGCAAUCGAUGCCCUUAAAUUAAACAUUAAGAACUUUUUGUCACUCAAAUUAACAAAAGAGAUCGACUUCAAAAAGAAAUUAAGCGUUCACUCUAUCAAUUUGGAUUCAGUCUAUCCUAAGACUUGGAUUUGUGACCAUUGCGCGUUUCAAAAUUCGUACGCGCUCUCUUUCUGUCCCCGCUGUUUGCUUCCAAGAGACAAAGAAGAUAGUGUCACACCCCCAUCUUCAACAUCAGCAACAUCAACAAAUAUUAAUCAACACUCCCCAACUGGUCCUCCUGUUGGUAGCUUAUUUAACCCCCUCAUUCUUGGUCAAAAUGAUAAUCCAAUACAGAAACCUGCAAUGAAUUCACAUAGCGUAAUAUCACCAGAACUUGCAAAUAUUCCCUUACCUUCGUCUCAGAUAUCCAUUUCACCAAUAUCUAUUUCACCAACUCAAAGAUCACCUCCACAGAAUUUGUUCGAUGUUUUAGCAUCAUUACCUAAGCAUACACCAAAUCAGUACACACAGAAAGUAAAUUCAAAGAAUCCAGAACCUUUACAGGAUCUAGAGACUUUAUCGAAAUCGCCACAGUCACCAAAGUCACAAUUACCACCAAUCCUCAAUACAGGUAGUCAAGGUCCGAUGCAAAUGCAACCAGGCGAUUGGAUUUGUAGCUGUGGUUUCGUCAACUGGAGAAGAAGAAAAUAUUGUUAUAAGUGCUUUCCAUUUGCGAACGGAAAUAAUAGUGAAGAACUUCAGAAAGCUGCACAAAAGGCCGCUCAAUUGGCUUCUCUACCUGAAAACUUUGGAAACAAUAGUAACUUUGAAAAUCACAAUCUAAAUAUGUCACAAGAAGUUCUUGAAAAUAAAAUUGACAAACCAUCAAUCAAUUUUUUCACUAAUGUACAAUCCCAUCCUGGAUCGGUUGAUCAUCACUCUCCUAUUACAAAGUCUAAAUAUAAAGCUUCCUCGGCGUCAAAAAAUGCUUGGGGAAAUGAUAUUUACAAUGUUCAUCAACAUGGAUUAAUCGAAGGUAUGCCUCAUAAUGACGAAACUUUUAACGAGAUAAAGGAGAUUUUCUACAAUUCAAACUGA